GUGAAGACUGUGUGUAGCUUGUGCGUCUCCGCGGGAACUGCUGGGAGUGAGACAGUGCGCUGGUGCUGAAAGGACAGCUCCUCUCUCUCUCUCUCUCUCUCUGUCAGGCGCUGUCUUUCUCUUUCCCUCUCUCUGCGUCUCAGGCGCUGUCUCUCUCUCUCUCUUUAUCAGGCGCUGUCUCUCUCUCUCUCUCUCUCUUUCUCUCUCUGUGUCAGGCGCUGGCACAAGGAGGGGCUGGGCAAUAAGAGGGCACCGCGUCCUCCUCCACCACCUCCAGCCAUCUACUCACACACUUUCCCUUUAAUAUAUGUGCCAUCUCCUGGGCUCCACAAUGAGCCUCGCAUUCAAUUAAAAGUCAGGAGAGCAGGAAUCCCCAAUUUGUGCGUGAACGCGCCUUUAAUGUCUACCGCCUGUUGUUUAGUCUGACUUGAUCGGCUAGCGUAUGGUUAAAGGCCAGAAUGAAGAGAGGCGCUAACAAGGUCAGGGUCGGGAGAGAGCUGCGUUGUCGCUUCCAAAACCGUGUCCCUGACGAAAAAUAGUCCAAGAAUUAAUUUGCACUUUGUGGCUGCUCAGCGUCGCUUUGGAUCUUUUCCUGCCAACGGGAAAUCGCCUGCCAAACACCUGAGGAACUUUAUUAUUCUCUUUAAGCACUUAGCCUACUUUCAGCUGCCCCCUGCUCGCGCCAUGUCGGAUCCAGAGCAAUGGGUAAGAUCGACGAGAACGAGCGAAUAAUCCUCAACGUAGGGGGGACCAGGCACGAGACUUACCGGAGCACCUUAAAGACAGUGCCCGGGACACGCUUGGCUCUGCUGGCCUGUGAUUCUCAGAGUGACCAAGGGCUGGAGCAGGUGCCAGUAUUGGGCUCCUUCAACGUCCCCUCCCGAGGCAAUGAAUUCUUCUUCGACCGACACCCCGGAGUCUUUGCCUAUGUCCUCAACUACUACCGCACUGGAAAGCUGCACUGCCCCGCUGAUGUGUGCGGGCCCCUCUUUGAAGAGGAACUGGCGUUUUGGGGCAUUGAUGAGACGGACGUGGAGCCCUGUUGCUGGAUGACCUAUCACCAGCACCGAGAUGCAGAAGAAGCUUUGGACAGCUUUGAAAAUCCCGACCUGAUCACUGGGGAACCGCCACCUCUAGAUGAGUAUGAGGAGGAGUUGGGUAAGAGACUGGCCAUUGAGGACCUGGUGUGUCCCGAUGGCAAGGUCGGGCGUUGGAGAAGGCUACAACCUCGAGUAUGGGCUUUAUUUGAAGAUCCCUAUUCUUCCACAGUCGCCCGGUUCAUCGCCUUUGCUUCCUUGCUCUUCAUUCUGGUAUCUAUUACAACCUUUUGCUUGGAGACUCAUGAAGCAUUUAAUACCAUCAUUAACAAAACAGAAACAGUAAACAAUGGUACAGAAUUAAUCCCAUUGAUUGAAAUAGAAACUGAUCCAGCCUUGACCUACGUGGAAGGAGUAUGCGUUGUUUGGUUCACAUUUGAGUUUUUAGUGCGUGUCAUUUUCUGCCCUGACAAAUUUGAAUUCAUCAGAAAUCUUUUAAAUAUAAUAGAUUUUGUGGCAAUUCUGCCAUUUUAUUUGGAAGUUGGACUGAGUGGGCUUUCCUCCAAAGCUGCAAAGGAUGUUCUAGGGUUCCUAAGAGUUGUUAGAUUUGUUCGCAUCCUUCGAAUUUUCAAACUGACCCGCCAUUUUGUAGGACUUAGAGUGCUGGGGCACACACUUCGAGCUAGCACUAAUGAAUUUUUGCUUCUCAUUAUUUUUUUGGCUCUGGGAGUCUUGAUAUUUGCCACAAUGAUCUAUUAUGCUGAAAGAAUAGGUGCCAGUCCAAGUGAUCCAUCAGGAAGUAAACAUACACAGUUCAAAAAUAUUCCAAUUGGAUUCUGGUGGGCUGUGGUAACUAUGACUACCCUGGGAUAUGGGGAUAUGUACCCACAGACUUGGUCAGGGAUGUUGGUAGGUGCAUUAUGUGCGUUGGCUGGAGUACUUACAAUAGCCAUGCCUGUCCCAGUCAUAGUUAACAACUUUGGAAUGUACUACUCACUUGCUAUGGCAAAACAGAAGCUUCCAAGGAAGAGAAAGAAAUAUAUUCCUCAUGCUCCUCAGGCUGUAUCCCCUACUUUCUGCAAUAUGGACUUAAAUAUGGGAUGCAAUAGCACACAGGUAGACACGUGUCUUGGGAAAGACAGCAGACUGAUGGAACGCAACAUGUCAGGUGAAGACAGUUCGGGAAGUGACCAGCCACUCUCCCCUGGCGAAAGAUAUCCUAUAAAACGUUCAAGUACCCGGGAUAAAAACAGAAGAACAGGAACUUGUUUCCUAUUGACCACAGGUGAAUACACGUGCAAUACAGAUGGAGGGAUACGGAAAGUGUUAUGCGGAAUAUAUCAUGGAUUUGUGACCGCUGACAAAGGGGCAAUGGAAAUUAGCCAUAAGAAGGACUAUACUGGAAAGAGGCUGCUAUUGGUGAAUGAAUCCUGAGCCUCUUUUACUUUAUGGAAGUGAGAUCUGAAGUCCUGCUAAAUCAACAGACUACAACAAUGACAGACAGAUCUGUGUUGGAGCUGCUAGAGGAUGACAAAUUGUUUGUGCUGGUAAAUUAGUUGUGAAUAAAUGUAAGCAUGGAGUAUCAUCAUAUCUGGGAACAUAUUUGAUUGUAUUGUUUGAUCAGUUCGUGUGUAAAGAAUCUACAUUUAUGGGGUUACCUCAUGGUCCCUGCAGUACUCCAAAUUGGGCUGUAGAUUGUAUAAAAAUGUACAUCCAAAGUGUAUGUUACUCUAACAUUAUUUGUUAGCACUGUUGUAUCCUUAUUGUUGCAGUGGAUUUCUAUGAUAUACUAAUUGGUAUUCACCUACAAGAUACCUAAGAUAACAUAAAGGUAUGCGAUAUCUGUCCCAUUGAAGGGAUAUGAUUUCCUAUGUAUUAAGUAAAUCUAAAAACUAAAAUGUAAAAGUUAUCUUUGGAUGCUAUCAUCACACAUUUCCCUUGUGCAUUUAAUAUAUCAACCUUACAGAAACCCAUUAUAAAAUAUAUACACAUUUGAAAUAAAUGUUAAAACCUCUCAUGGUCUUAUUUGCUCUGCAUUUGCUUAGCUUUCUAAUUCUUCUUAAUUCUAUUACAACACUUGAUGAAUCUUUUUUUUCCAAAUACAGUAUCUGCAACUGUCCAGUAAUUUGUGCUGUGUUUUUAUCAUUUUUAAUUCACCAUGAAGUAUUGCGGCACCGCUAUAAAUUAAUUAUAAUUUAGAUAUAGUAAAGAAAAAUGCUUCUAUCCGCAAGGAGAAAAAAUGUAAUGAAUAUUUUAUAAAUAUAAAAUACAUGAAUCCCCCAGCACUAUUUUGCUUAAGAAUAUACUGUAGAUUGCUUUCAGACAAAAGAAAAUUUAUUUUGAGUAUCUCUUUAAAAGUAAAAAAGCAUAUGAUCUGACAUUUCUUUCACUGAUACUGUUGCCGUUCUGUUAGCAAUUGCAUUGUAGCUCAUCUCCAUGAGUUUUCUACUAGUGGCAGAAUUCCUAAAGUAGAAACAUUCAUUAGGGGUAUGUCCCAAAAUAUAAACUAUAUUUGGAAUAUAUGUAAACAAAUAUAUUAUAAUAUAAACUAUAUUUGGAAGCUGUAAUGUCUCAUUUUAAGAUGUUCCAUGUCAACAUAUCAUUCAUAUUUUUGUAUCUUUUAGAUAAAUGAUCUACAGGCAAAACAAGAAUUAUUUUCAGACAAUCAUUCUUAUAUUUCUCAUUCGUUCUGUAAACAAUCUAAGUAUUACUAUGAUCAUUGACAUGGUGGCAAGAAUAUAUGGUUCACCUUUAUUUAUUUGCAUUUCUAUUUAUUUUCAUCAAAGAUAUGUUGCAUAAGAAUAUGAUUUUAUUUUUUGCCAAGGAAAGAGACCAUUUGAUUUAUAUUGUGCUUUAAAACGUGAAAUGUUACUUGUAUCUGUCUAUGAUAGUGUACAUUUCAGUUCUUGGAAUAAAGUAUUAUUUUGUUUUACUUAA